GGCGGGUCUGAGGCGGCGGGGAUGGCUACGCGACCCCCUUCACGGGCCCCAGCGAGCGGGCAGCGGGGCAGGACGGGCCCGCCGGCCCUCCCCUGCCCGUUCGCCGGGGCGGAGGCGAGGCAGCGCCGCCUCCCCGAGGCGGGAGGCUGUGGCGGCAGCACACGGCGAUGCGGUUCCGCAGCGGGACGCCGCCAGCCCGGUUCUUCCUCGCCCUCUGCGUCUGGAGGCUGGUGCAGCGCCGGGACGCCGCAGGAACAGAGGAAGUGGUCUUUGGGAAGGUUGGAGGAAGCAUCCUCCUUUUAUGCCGAAAUGUCUCCAAAGAAGCAACCGAGGUGGUCUGGUUUCAAGGGGAUCCGCACUCUUUCCCCCCACUCUUCUCCUCAAGGGUCACCUUCCCCCCGGACGUCCGUUUCUCCCUGGUUGACAACAGCUCUCUGCGCAUCACAGAGCUGCGUGUGCAGGACGAAGGCAACUACACUUGCAAGGAAGUGCUGAACAAGACGGACCAUGAGCACAGGGUCCGGCUCCUGGUAGCCAAUCCACCGCAUUCAACCCCAAAGUGCUGGGCUGAGACUUCCUCGUCGGGGCUGAUGCUGCAGCUGUUUUGCAGCUGGCCUGGGGGGUACCCCCACCCCACCCUGCACUGGAGAGAAGAGGGGCACGAUCUGGAGAACUCAAGCUGGGUCAUCAGCUCCACGAGCUCCUCAGACACCCACGUGGAAACGCUGAACAGCUCCCACCUCUCCCACCGCAAAGUGUUCAAGUGUGUCGGGAGCCAUGUCGUCAAGCAGGAGCAGCCUGCAUGCACUGUGGAGAUAAAAAUCCCUUCACUGGAGUCGGAGCCCCCAAAGACCUGCUUUGUGGGUGACAACGUGACCCUGACAUGCCGUGUGACUGAGAGCACCCCGGCAGCGAGGCUCACCUGGCUGCAGGGAAUCACCCAGCCAGAGAUGGAGAUCCAACCCGGAGGGAGGUACCUCAUCGCCCAGGAGGGCAACGUGUCCCGGCUCACCAUCCGGAACUGCUCCCAGGGCACUGACGGGGGCUGUUACGUCUGCAAGGCACAGAACCCCGUGGGACUGAGGGAGUUGUUCGUCUGCCUGACAGUGAAGCAGCCGGUGAACAUCGUCGGGGUCGUGGGUGCAGUGGUAGUCCUGUCCCUGCUGGCUAUUCUCACCAUCACCGGGAUCGUCUUGUACUACAAUCCCCUCUUGUGCCUGAGAGGUGCUGCAUUCAGGAAUCAGGACUCGGGUGAUAUCUUAGUGCUGGUGGACUCAGAAGAUGACGAGGAGGGGAAGGGGGAAGAAGAGACCAUGAGCAGUUCCACCAAGCACGAGGCGAUGGCGCUGGUCAAUGGGAACAGCGUCCAGACUGCUUACCUCAACUGCCUUACGGAAGGUGACGAUGGCGAGCAGCACAGCGGGGACUCUCCGCAGGAAACAAGGGGAGAAGAGACACGAGGCUCAUAGUUUCCAUCCCUUCUUGCGGAAACAGCCAGAACUCCAGCUGGAUGCCCAGCGUCAAGCACAUCCUCAUUGCCGCGUGGCUGAGAGCAGGCUGUUCGUGUCCUGCAGCAGGCUGGUUCGGUCGGAGCGUCCCCGCUUCCUUCUCCACUCACCCCUUCCCCAGCUUUCAUUCCGUCCUUCCCCAGCCUCGUUUCUCCAUUUCUUUUCCCCCUCUCUUCAUGUUCCUCUUUGCCUCAGGUGUCAUUUCUAACAAGGUGGCACCCAGCACAGGCAGAGCUCGGGAAGUGGGUCCCAGUAGCCCGCUCCUCUUGAUGCCUGUGACGGACUCCAGUACUGGUACAGGAUUCUGGCUCAGUCGCCAUGAGCAGUGCUGGGGUUGCAGGGAGUGUGAUGGAGAAAGUCGCUGUGGGGCCGUGUUGGUCCCAGUAUAACAGAAGAAACAACUGGUGCAUGGGCAGGACAUGCGUGGGUGAUGCUGACUCUAGGGAGGCUUAAUUGUUUUGGUUUUUUUUUUUUUUGU